AUGGUGCGCUGUUCAGAAAGCGGAUUUCUCCUAUUCAUGGAGGAUAUGAAGCAAAUGGCUGAGAAAUUUGAGAGUGAGUUCGAUGCCUUUGUAAAACGCUAUGAGCAAUACAUUGAACUCUCUGAAAAGAUAAAGGCGGACCAAAACGCUUGCAAACGCGACAUCAAGCACUACAAGAUGUACAUCAAGAUGCUUCGAUCUAAGUUGUCUCGACUUGAGUCAUCCCCUAAUAUACAUGAUCAAGUGGAGUUAGCCGUGAUGAAGAACAGUUUCGAAGACAAGGCUCACAUUCUCCGAGAUAUGGAAGACUGCCUUCCCAAACAAAAUGGACUGUAUUUGAGAAUCAUUCUUGGAACAGUGGACGUUUCCUUCACUAGUAAACAGGAUAAAUUUGAGUAUAAAAACAACUACGAGAAUUUCAAGAUCACCGUCUCUGCCAUCAUUAGCAUCUACGCUCUCUUCCUUUACUUCUUCAAUCAAUACAGUUUAUUGGAUUCAAUAAUCCACCUUCUCAUUGUUUGGUAUUACUGCACUUUGACUAUCCGUGAACGGAUCCUUAUGCAAAAUGGGUCUCGUAUUAAGGGUUGGUGGGCCAUGUAUCACUUUAUCCUCACUGCUGAGGCGGCUGUCAUGCUUAUCUGGCCAUCGUCACGCUCCUACUCGGAGUUCCGCGACCAGUUCAUGCUAUACGUCUUUUAUAUACUCAUUGUUCAGUGUAUGCAAUAUUAUUAUCAAGUAGGCUGUCUAUACAAGUUGAGAGCUCUUGGUGAAAGACCCUCCAUGGAUAUAACAGUCGGUGGGUUUGCUUUUUCUAUCCACUGGAGCUAUAUCUUGAUUUCUAGUCAUGAAAAGCCAGCUGCAAUCAUUGUUCUUUCGUGUCAUGGCUAUAUGUCAUGGAUGUCGAGCAGGUUGUCAUUCGUACUCGUCUUCUUGCUCAGUGCGUACGCUUUCCAGAUCCACAAUGCCUAUGUUCUCUAUCGCAUCUCACGGGCACCUUAUUGUCAAGAGUGGCAGCCAGCAGUCGUUGGACUAAUCUACGCCUUUGUUGCCACUGGCAACCUUCUCACCACCCUCAUGGUUGUGAAACAGAAGUUGGCCCUUCUGAAUCCUCGCAAGCGCGGCUAUCUGAGUAAAAAGUACAGCACCAGUUUUCAUUUGGAGUCAAAAGGAGUAGUGCCAGACUCUCAGAAGGAGAAGUAG